UAUUCUCAUUUUGUCACAUUAAACAGGUUCCCAAUGGACCUGUUUUGGGUACGUGUGAAUGGAAGGAAAUGUCCUCUGAGUGUAAACUUGCUCAGUUUUUCGGGUUUUUGCCCCAAAAGUGUGUUUCUUUGUGGUAUUUUUGCAUGGAAUGCAAGUGGGUCCACAGUACUGUGUUUACAGCUCAACCGGAAGUCAUAAUAAACCAGACGUACUUGACGGCGGUGGUGUCGGGUGAAGAGGGGGGGGGUCAUAAAUCGAGACUCCUUUACUGUAUUUGCAUAGAGUAUUGCUGCAUAGCCCAAAGACAACAUGACCCAGCGGUGGGUUUGCCUUACCCGUUUGUAAAAGGUCGGGCAAUUUGGGGGGGAACAGAAGCCUUUUUUUUGUCGACAGAUUUUCCCACUCGCAGUGGUCAACGUCCAGCCAGCCGGCGGCAACUGUCCGUCCACCGCCGCCGAGGGGCUCUAGGGAACCAGACCGAGUUAGCGGCUUUAGCUUAGCCGAAUUAGUCUUCCGGCAAGUCAUCUUGAAGCGGUUGGUCUGUCAGCCUGCUAAUAGCCGCUUAACCACUGCGGCACGGCUGUUGUAUGUAGGAGGUCCAAGCAGAGCGGAAGUCUUUGCCGAGCGGAGCCAUGCGACACUGGUGUGUCCCCGCUGCGACCCGAAGCACGGAGCCACUCCCGGGGCGCCUCUCCGUGUCGCCCCCUCCAUCAGAUGUCAGAACGGAGUGCUGCAGGGUGGAGCCACGCUACACUAUCGAGCAGAUCGACCUCCUGCAGCGUCUGCGCCUCUCUGGCAUGACCAAACCCCAGAUCGUCCAUGCCUUGGAGUCUCUGGAGAGGCUCGACCCGGACCAGCGCCCGCCUCACUGUGACUCCCACCCGGCCCCUUCCAAUAAUAACAACAACGAUACGCUCGCCACUGCCUCCGCCCCGGCGCCGUCCUCUUCGUCGUCCGCCUCCUCUCUCUCCCUCACCUCGGCCACCACGCAGACCUCGGGCCUAGACGGUGCCGCGCUGUCCCCGAGCAACAGCUUUGAGGCCUCACCUCCUCCCCUGUACCCCACCAGCGUGGCUGUGCAGCGCUCGUUCAGCUACGACAUGGUCGGGGAGGAGGAGUGGGACCUGGAAGAGAAAGUGGAGGAAUACAUGAGGAGGGACAGCAAUCUAGUAAAAGAGGAGAUCAAAACCUUCCUCAACAACCGACGGAUCUCUCAGGCAAUUGUGGGACAAGUUACAGGUAUUAGUCAGAGUUACAUCUCGCAGUGGUUGCUGCAGCAGGGCCUGGAGAUGAGCGACUCCAAACGCAGAGCUUUUUACCGCUGGUACCUGCUGGAGAGAAAUAACCCAGGGCUGAGGUGGAACGAAAGCCAGCACAGCGUGAGCCCCAGGGCCAGGGGAGGGGACAGAGACGGGCUGGCAGCGGGGGCAAGUGGCUGCCUCCCCAACCCCAACACCAACCUCAACCCAAACUCCAACCCCGUGUGGAGCAGGCAGAGAGAGCUGCUGAUGCACUUGUUGCCGUGGUACACUGCCACCGCAGCCCAGCCAGGCGCAACUUUAUCGAUGCGGUCAAUGGUGAAGGAGGAACCUGACUGGCGGGCGGGCAUCAUGGCCGACCGGCCGGCGAUAGUCGGGGCGCCGCUGAGGUUGCGUCGAGGAAGCCGCUUCACCUGGAGGAAGGAGUGCCAGGCCAUCAUGGAGAGCUUUUUUGUGGAGAACCAGUACCCCGAUGAGGCAAAGCGGGAGGAGAUCGCCAACGCCUGCAACUCGGUCAUCCAGAAACCAGGUUGCAAACUGUCCGAGUUUGAGCGUGUGACGGCGUUAAAGGUGUACAACUGGUUCGCUAACCGCCGCAAGGAGAUGAAGCGGCGAGCCAAUAUCGAAGCUGCCAUUUUGGAAAGCCACGGCAUUGAGGUCCCGAGUCCGAGCUGCCACUCCAACGGCGAAGAGGGGGAGAUGCAAGAGUUCACCGAUCAGGUCAAUCAACGUUUCUCAGAGCAGGAAGAGGCACCCACCCAAAGAACGGUGGAGCAACAAGACUCCUCCGUCAAGGCCGCCCCCGAGGCCCUCCCCGGCUCCGCCGUACAAGUGGCAGAACAGAAAGACAAGGAUCCAAAAAGGGAAACUGUGGAUGAAGAGUGACCAAAAAGCUGGUGAUGUCGAUUGAGUUUUAAUCUAAAUACUCAAAAAAAAAAAAGGGGGAGGGGGUGUCUACCUCCUCGGGGGUGGCUGACGAGACAUUUGGAAGUUGACUCGAGGUGCCUCUGGCGGGAAAGAGGCUGCCAUAUUUAUCGAAAGUUAUUCUGCUUAUGUUAACAGCAAUAUACAGUACAUAUAUAAAUAUACAUAUAUAUAAUAUAUAUAAAGCUAUAUCAAUAAGUAGUGCAUUCCAAGGUGGUAUUAACAAGCCUAAAUUCCUUAGAAUUAUCUAAAGAAUACCUCACCCAUUUAAUCGUUUUGAUUAUUAUUGUUUUUUUUUUCCCCGCCUCAUGCUUUUAUUUUCAUGCUGAAUGGGGAUGAAGUGCCUGCAGGUCAGGUAUGAGAGACGCUUUCGACGAUCUUGUCUGCGUGGAUAUGGAUGUGCCUGUUUUUUUUUUGUUUUUUUGUUUUCCUCUCUCUUUUCUCUGGUGCUGUCGUCCGACCUCUAAGAGUCGAUUGAUCAAAUCAUUCGGCCAAUGUUGGAAUUUGCAAAGCCCUGAGGGACACCUGGAAUCUCAGGAAAUCCAACGAUGGUGGCUCAAGAUAGUGUAGAAGUGCACCAGAUGUGCGCAUGUAUGUGUGUGUGUGAGUGUGUGUGCGCGUGCGUUUAAGCUUUCAAGAGAUUUUCUUGCAUCAUAUCCGCGCUCACUCCAAACAGGAUGUUCUAUUUAUACCUUUUUUUUUAUUAGUAGAACAAAGCGAGGACUAUCCAUCAUGUCUUUGUUCAACUCGAUGCUGCUCUUGUUGCUCUUUCUUCCCCCCCCCCCUCAUCUAACCUCAUUUUCAAAGCCUGUAAAGCUUCUCUCCACCGAAAACAAACGUCGGUGUGAUUGAAAAUCACAACGCCGUCUUCUUCCCUCCUUUAUUGGAAUAAGCUAAAAGCUUUUGCUCGUGUACUGCACUUCAAAAGUGGAUCUCACUCUAAUCGUAAUCAUCACGCUUGUGUACAUAAUAACCCAGAGAGGAUAAUCAUGUUUGUGGGUGUUUUUUCUUCCAACUAACGACAUUACCAGAAAAUAUACUGUAGAGUUGUCAAACUUGAAACAUGAAACUCGACUUCAACUGUGGCAAAGUCGCUCCCGAAAUGUUCAUUAAAUGGACAUUUGUGCUUGUAUUAUCGACCGUAUUUCCUCAAAUAGUGGCCGUCCAUCUGCGUCGUCUGCUUUAAAAUGAAUUGACAAACAAAUGUCUGCCUUUUCCCACCAGGAGG